AUGAUUGGCUCUAAUAUAAUAUUUUCAGCCUUAAGUUCAUAACCAGAGAAUCUUCAAAUUGAAUUAUAAGCAGAACAUCAUAAUGAAUAUGAAAAGGAGUAUUUGGAAGCAGAUUUGGUAACAAGAAUAAAAACUAGAAAUCCCAGUACAAAUAAUUUCACAAUAAAAUCAACAACAAAUAUAGACACUCGCAGGAAUUGUGAAGUAAUACUUUACACAUUACUAAGCCAUUAAUCAAUCAGGAUGAAGAUAAGAAAACAAAUACAACCAAAAAGACAGGCACUAAUUUCAUGAAAUAUUUUUAUCUGAAACGAUUCCUUUAACGCAUUAGAAACAGCAGAACUAAGUUGUCUAUUGUAAAUGAAAAUCAUAUCAAAUUAAUUAACGAUAAUUCGAGUGACAGGUAUCAUCAAUUUUAUUUAGUUAAGUGAUGAUGUAAAUUCUUAAGUUAAACAAUCACCCUCAUUUUCAAAUACGAAAUGUGACCAAAUUGUUUCGAGAUAAUACUCUCUCCUUCUAUGAACAUCCAUUCAUCCUAUGGAUAAGAGAAAAAUACUAAUUAAGUAGGAAGACUAUUUAUGAAAUUUUAUCCAAAAUGCCAUAAAUACACCCUGAAUCACUGAAGAAAAUCGUUUGGGAUUAUUGGACCAUUCUUUUUAGGUUACUCCUUCUAAUAUUGAUUCCAUUAGAAAUUGCCUACAAUCCACAAAUCCUAUUUGACAAACUGAUGGGCCUUACUCUUACCAUCAUCAUCAUCUUGAUUAUUGACAAUUUAUUAAGAAUGAAUACUAUUUGUUACUCUAGUGGAUAGGCAGUAUAUGAUAGAUGGCAAAUUAUAUAAAAUAAUCUAAAUCUAUAAACAAUUUCAGACUUCGCUUUGAUAUUUUUAUUAAUCUACUUUAUUAACAAUUAAGGUAAUUAAUUUUAAUAUUUACUGCUUCUAAUAUCACUUACACAACACUUUUAAAUUAAUUAAACUUUAUAGAAAAGCGAAGAAUCUCAAUAUUUCACAAAAAAACAAAAAGCAUUCAUCAAUUUAUUUAAAUUGCUAAUCUACUUGAUCUAUGUGCUUCACUUGUUUUCAUGUAUAUGGUUCUUCAAUAGUUCAUUAAAUUAUGGGAAUUCCUGGAUUACUUUCAAAGAAUUGGAUCAUCAAUAAUGGCAACUCUAAUAUUUAGAAGCCUUCUAUUUCGCCAUAGUCACCAUGCUCACUAUUGGAUAUGGUGAUAAUGUGCCUAAAACUUGGAAUGAAAAAAUCGUUGCAAUAUUCUUUAUCUUGAGUGCUUGUCUAUGGUUUUCCUACAGCAUUAAUGCAAUUGGAACGAUAAUAAAGGAAAUCAAUCAACAUUUUAUGGAAAGAAGCAGAAAGAUUAGAGUCAUCAAUAGAUAUAUGCAUUAAAGGAAUAUCCCUUUCUCGUUGCAAUAUAGAAUUAGGGAAUAUUUAACUUUUCGAUGGAAGGAAGAAGCAGAGAUUGAUUUGUAAUAAGAAGAAACCUUGCUAAAUGAGUUAUCUGAAGAAUUGAAAUAGGAUUUAAAAAAAUAAGCCAACAAUGUAUUUUUCAAACAUUGUGAUUUUCUAUUUAAGAAUUUCAGUUUGGAGUUACAAAAUUCCCUAUCUCCUUUUAUCAAAAGAAAAAUAAUCUAACCUUAGAAUACUUUCUCCAUUUACACUCUAAGUGAUGUCUACUAACCUCACCUGUGCUUUGUAGAAUAGGGUUAAUUGCAAUAUCAAAAUGUUCUUAAUGUUUCAUUGAAGAGUGUCUAGAAUCAAGGAUAGUUUUUGGAAGUUUCAGAAUUCAUCGAAGAAAAUGACAAUGCCUAAAUGUUCAAAGCAAUAGGGUAUGUGAGUUUACUUGUUUUAAGCAAGGUAAAUUUGAUAUUUAAUAUUUUCAGUCUGAUUUUACAACAAUAAUAAGAUAAUACCCAAAGGAUUAUUAAAAGUAUUGCAAUUUAAAAGAUUAAUUUAUUCUUCAAGUUAAUAGUAAAAAUAUAAUAUUUGGAUAAUAUUGUGCAGCUUGCAAUAUUAAUACACAUGGUUUGAAGGAGUGUCCCAAUUUAUUUAUAAGCAUUGAUAGAGAAUUAAUAAUCAAAAGACAUUAAUAUUCAUAAGACUAACAAAGAAGAUAUAAUAAGAGAUCUAAAAAAAGAGGAAAGACAUCCUUUUCAACUAGGUGUGAUAGAGAGAUCAUAGAAUAGUUUGCUAUUUACUUUUAAAAUGAAUAACCAAAAUUAGUUUAGAGUUAGCUAUCUAAAUAAUUGAUACAAGAAUAGGAAUUUGAUGAGGCUAAAUCUGAUAUUAAUGAUUAGUCUCCAAUAAAUAAAACAUUUCAUUUUAAGAGACAGGAAUCUAUUUAAUUACCUAGAUGCUCUUUGUAAAGUGGAGAAGCAAUUUCAAUUUAGAAGUAAAUAAAUAUCAAUGACUCUAUUGCUUCGAGCGAUAAUUAUUCAAUCUAAAAUUUGAAAUUGUCAACAAGGUAAUAAUGCAUGCUUACUGCCAAUAAAUUUAUGACUGCAAAACUAUCAAAAUACAAAAAAAUGUGUAAUUAAUAAAAUCCAAAAAUUGCUUUGAUUGAUACUGAUGAAUCAUUAAAGAUUGAUAUUUAGGAUUGUAUUUAUUAGAAUAUUGAAUUAUUGUACCAUAAAAUCUUCAACGAACGUACUUCAAUACCUGUAGAUAGAUCAGUAUAGGAUCUAUAGAUUUUAUACUUUUCCCUUAAAGCAUAAUAGGGUAUCGAGUAAUUUGAGGUUGUCAAAAACUUUAGUUUUUACAUGGUUCAUCAUAAUAUCGAGAACAUUAUAUUAUAAACAGAACAGAAAUGUCAUGCUUUACUUUUGAAGCCUAUCACUUAACUAAUUAGAUUUAUGUACUAUCCAUACGAGUUUAUAAUGAAAUUUUAAAAGAUUAAGACAUAGAGAUUGAAAUUGUUAAAUUUUUACAAGAAACGAUCCUUUAAGACUUUGAAAUAGAAAUAAUCAAAAAUAAAUGAUUUGGUAAGGAAAUGGGAGACGCCUAGGAAGUCCUAUCGUUUGAGCGUGAUAAUACCGAAUAAUGAAUGA